AUGGGCCUCUUGGUCUGGCUCGGCCUCCGUCGCAGCAACCAGUGGGAGAGCUUGACGGUCCUGGACCACCUCAUCGACUCGCCCCUCACCUUCUUCACCAUCAACUUCUACCAUCUUGUGCUAUUUCUGAGAGGCACACCUUUCCGCCCGCCGCGGCACCAGGCGUCAAUACGUGUGGUGUGCAUCUCGGACACGCACGACCAAAUCGUGGACGUGCCGCCCGGUGAUAUUCUCAUCCAUGCUGGCGAUCUUACCAAUGCCGGCACCGCCGCCGAUAUACAGAAUCAGCUGGACUGGCUGAAAACCCUUCCCCACGCGGUCAAAAUUGUCAUUGCUGGUAAUCACGACAGCUACUUCGACAUCAGGAGCCGGUGUGAUGAUGACCGGAGGCGAGGUGCUAGGCUAAAUCUCGACGGCCUUACCUACCUCCAAGGAGAGAUUUCCGUUCACGAAAUCAAAGGCAGAGAGAUUUCAAUAUUCGGCGCCCCAGAUAUUCCCGAGUGUGGCCCCAAGAGCUUUGCGUUUCAGUACUCACCCACACGGCCUCCUUGGCUAAGCAAAGUACCUCCUCAGACGGACAUUUUAGUCACUCACAGUCCACCGAAACACCAUCUUGAUCUGGAUCUUGGCUGCCCUCACCUAUUAAGAGAAGUAUGGCGUGUGAAGCCUAGACUACAUGUCUUUGGACAUUGCCACUGCGCCUACGGCAAAGAGUCUGUCUACUUUGACGAUGUGCAAUUUGCUUAUGAGCGCCUUCUCUCUCGGCCGAGACGCGGCUUCUUCUGGGACUUCAUUCCCAAUCAAUCCUGGGUCGACAUGUUUGAGAUUGUCUUUCACGGCAUUCAUAGCGUCCUGUGGAAAUGGCUCAUGAGUGGCCCGGGAAGCAACCACGGCAGCCUGAUGGUCAACGCCGCUCAAAUAUACAGAAAUUCCGGAAAGACUACUUCCUAA